AAAUGCUGGUUGCACUUAGAAGGCGGCUAUGCUCUUCCGUCUCCUCUAUUGAGUUGAUCAAAGUUUAUACGGCAAGUAGAAGUAUUGGCUCUAGUAGUUGUACCGAUGUGGCAGCUAAUGUUGCACAAGAUUGUUCCUCACCUGAGUCUAAAAUUGAGAAUGGGCCGUUCGCCUCCCCACCCGUCAGGAAUAUACUCAGACGACGACGUUUAGGUAUUCGGAGGAGCAGGAGCACAAGGGAUACGGAUGCCAUAGAGCUGGCAUUGGACUCAGUCGUGAAGAUUUUUACUGUGGCGAGCAGCCCUAACUACUUCCUGCCCUGGCAGAACAAGUCCCAACGAGAGACCAUGGGUUCCGGGUUUGUAAUUGCUGGCAACAAAAUUCUUACAAAUGCUCAUGUAGUUGCUGAUCAUACCUUUGUACUUGUAAGAAAGCAUGGCUCUCCUACCAAGCAUAAAGCGCAAGUUGAAGCUGUUGGUCAUGAAUGUGAUUUAGCCAUUUUAAGUGUUGAAAGUGAUAAGUUCUGGGAGGGUAUGAAUCCCCUUGAGCUAGGAGAUAUUCCUUUACUGCAAGAAGCCGUUGCUGUUGUUGGAUAUCCUCAAGGUGGGGACAACAUCUCUGUUACUAAGGGCGUUGUUUCCAGGGUUGAACCUACACAAUAUGUUCAUGGUGCAACCCAGCUUAUGGCAAUACAGAUUGAUGCAGCAAUAAAUCCGGGGAAUAGUGGUGGCCCAGCAAUCAUGGGAAGUAAAGUUGCUGGUGUUGCUUUUCAAAACCUUUCUGGUGCAGAGAAUAUUGGUUAUAUAAUUCCUGUUCCUGUAAUAAAGCAUUUUAUUGCUGGAGUUGAAGAAAGAGGUAAAUAUGUUGGAUUCUGCUCUCUAGGUUUGUCAUGCCAGCCUACUGAAAAUGUUCAACUCCGGAACCACUUUCGCAUGAAUCCUGAAAUGACUGGGGUACUAGUGAGCAAAAUCAACCCUCUUUCGGAUGCCCACAAAGUCUUAAAGAAAGAUGAUAUUGUCCUUGUCUUUGAUGGAGUCCCUGUAGCCAAUGAUGGAACAGUUCACUUCAGGAACAGAGAGCGGAUAACAUUUGAUCAUUUGGUUUCCAUGAAGAAACCCAAUGAAACAGCUGUAGUUAGAGUUCUGAGGGAUGGCAAAGAAUAUGAAUUCAGUAUCACCCUUCAACCUUUACAACCAUUAGUUCCAGUUCAUCAGUUCGAUAAAGUUCCUAGUUAUUACAUUUUUGCCGGUUUGGUCUUUGUUCCACUCACUCAACCUUACCUUCAUGAGUAUGGAGAAGACUGGUAUAAUACUUCACCUCGUAAAUUGUGCGAAAUUGCGCUGAGGGAAUCACCUAAAAGAGCUGGUGAACAAUUUGUCAUCCUAUCUCAGGUACUCAUGGAUGAUAUCAAUGCUGGAUAUGAACGUCUUGCUGAGCUACAGGUUAAGAAGGUUAAUGGGAAAGAAGUUGAAAAUUUGAAACAUUUAUGCCAACUUGUCGAAAGCUGUAGCGAAGAGAGCGUGCGUUUCGACUUGGAUGAUGAUAGAGUUGUUGUGUUGAACUAUAAUUUAGCAAAAGUUGCGACUUCUAAAAUUUUAAAAUGCCACAGGAUACCCUCUGCGAUGUCAAAUGAUCUUGUAGAAAAAUAAAAUAGCUUGCAAACUCCUUUUGCUAAAGCUGUGAUUUCCUCACACCUCUACCGAUAAAUUGAAGGGCAUGAUCUUCCUCAUAUCUUGUUGCUUGUACAAGGCUUGAAACUUUUAGGGUGGGACUUCUAAAGCUUUUUAUGUUAAUUUUUUCAUUACCGGCUUUUAUAUUAGUUUGACACACUAGU